GCUCGAAUUCGGUACUUGGGUAUUCGCUGCACAGAGAAGAGAAAAAAAAACUUUCCUCGGACGCAAAAAUCUAUCCUGUUUUCCAUAAUUAUUCUUUCCUCACUUCCCGGACACUAGCAACGGCACUGCAGCGGAGCAACAGUGCAAUCGUCUGUCCCAAUCUUCCACCAACCGAAAAUCAAUCGGCAAGGCAAAGCUUCCAGUUUCCGUGAUACAACACCGACAAUCUCGGUCGCCAGUGCUUCCCAUCUUUUGUUAUUGUGGCCACUGUGGCGUACGCUGCACCGUGUUUGAUGCAUUUGGCUGCCAAGAUUUGCUAGAGUCGAGUGCUGAGUGAUAGUGCGACGGUCCGGUCCGAAAAUGAUAACCAUCGAUAAGAUCAAGGAAAACUUUCCCAUCCAUUGGCACGUGUGGAAUAAUGAUUAUCAGGAGCUGCAGCAAGCCAUCGGCGAGAAAACGCAUGACCUGGAAAAGCUGGAUCCACGGGGUCGAACACCGCUAAUGCUGGCGGUAAAACUGUGUCACCUGGAAUGCGUCAAAGCGCUGCUGGCCGCUAAAUGUAACGCCAACGUCGAAUGUGACGGAUGGUCAGUCGUACAGGAAGCCGUCUGCUCCGGUGAUCCGAACAUUCUGACCGCCAUCCUGGAGGUGCGUGAUCUGCAACGGCACAUCAAGCGCGUUUCGCACGUGCCCCAGCUGCUGCAGCACCUGCAGGACACGCCCGACUUUUACAUCGAGAUGAAGUGGGAAUUCACCAGCUGGGUGCCGCUAAUGUCGCGCGUCUGCCCGAGCGACACGUACAAGGUGUUCAAGCGAGGCUCGAACGUGCGCAUCGACACGACGCUGCUCGGCUUCGACAACAACACCUGGCAGCGGGGCAACCGGAGCUACAUCUACAAGGGCCAAUCGAAGACGGCGAGCAUGAUCGAGAUCGAUCACGACACGGGCGAGGUGUCGGUCGAGCACAUGCGCAACAUCGAGGACGAAAACAUCGACGGCAUCCGGCCGAGCCGGGAGGCGGUGAACCUGCGCCUGCAGGCCCCGGUCAUCUGCAACCACAUCGACAUGGACAAGAUCAGCUUCGAGCGGAACAAGUCCGGCUUCUGGGGGUGGCGCAGCGAGAAGGUCGAAUCCAUCAACGGGUACGAGUGCAAGGUGUACGGGGCGAGCAACGUGAAGUUUAUCACGCGCACCCGCAACGAACACUUGGGCAGUGAGCAGGCGAGGGUGAAAAACUCCCGCACCCCGCUACAGCACUUCCUCGGCAUGACGGAGGAAGACUACGACCAUGCGGCGGUGGCCGGUUCGAGUACAAGUGCGCUUAGGGGAGGAGAGCAGCCGCCGCCCAGUGCCCCGUCGUCGCCGUGUAACAAUGGUUCGGAGGAUCGCACGCCGGACGGAGCGGAGGGCGAGUGCAGUGGCACCGCGCAGGAUGCGGCACCGUCGGCCGAAGAGUACUUCUCUGACGUGGACCUGAACGGGCGAGACGUCGGUAAACCAAAGCGAAUCACUGCCAAAGAGCAAAUGUUUAAGGCCAACAUCUGGCUGAGCGAAGAGUUCCCGAUCAAGCUGCAGGAGCAGGUGCUGCCGAUACUGGACCUCAUGUCCACGAUGGCCAGCCCGCACGUGUCGAAGCUGAAGGACUUUAUUACAAUGCAGCUGCCGUCCGGAUUUCCCGUUAAAAUUGAAAUUCCACUCUUCCACGUGCUGAAUGCGGUCGUCACGUUUGGGAACGUUUUUGCGAUCGAAAACCCGGUCCCGCAUGUCAGCCAUAUCCGCGAAAGCGACGAGCGGGUAACGUGCGUGAUCGAUGACGCGUGCUUCGAAGCGCCAAGCGGGUACGGUGUCCGUCGGGGCAUCGCCGACUUCCGGCAGCAGCUCACGUUCGAGGACGAGGACGAGCUGAUGCAGUUCGCCAUCCAGCAGAGCCUGGUCGAUUCGGGCAGCGAGAACGACAAGGUGGACAUUUGGGAGGCACUCAAAGCGCCGAGACCACUGACACCGCUGUACUACGAGGACGAGCAGCUGCAAAGUUCCUCUGGUCGAGCGACCUCACCCGAGACGAAAAAAUCGGGAAACUCACUGAUGGGUGGCAUGCUGCCCACUUCCAUCGCUAGAAGUCCGCUAAAGAAUUUGUUUUCCAAAAGUUAAUCAGCUUUCGCUAUACGCGCUUUUUAAAUGUGUGUUAUUGUGUGCGUGUGCGUCACUGCUUAAAAGUACUUUUUAUCAAAGCAAACUUUUGUGUAAGCUUUUGUGUAGUGAUCAACGAAAGGAGGGCACACAAAACACACAUUCCCCUGUGUCUGAUUUAUCAAACCAUCCCACCAGAAAAUUGUUUAACAAUUUAGUGUCAAAUUUGAUUUCGAAUUCCAUAGUUCUAAAUUACUGUCCACCAGGCAUACACGUUGCAAAUAGAAACGACACGUUCCUAUGGUCAAUUGACAAGAAUCUCCGUGCACAGACUCCUCCUCCACCACCAUCAUGUGUACUACUGACUGUGUGCGUUUGCAUACAUGUAGUGGUGCGUAGGCCGCCACAUCGCCAUAGUAACGAUUUCGCAUAUUUUGUCCACGUUGCCUAACGAUCAUUUUUACGUGUAUGUACCAUGCGUUGUACUGCUCCCUUCGUCGCCAUCGACUAUUCUCUGUUGCGCCCUGCCUCUGUAGGAAAGCGGAUGAGUCAGGCCGCUGCUGCUGCAAACAGAGUACGAGCAGAACUUUGUGAUGUAAUGAACAAAUUAUUUAUUAUGUGUCUUGUAAGUCAAGCACAAUUAUGUAGCGCAUCUAAUCAAGCAUUUAAGUAAACUUAUUUAUUCUACCCGGUAACACAUUUCAUUUGUUGUUAGGCUAUGUUGUUUAUGAUAACGCUUUAGUGCUCACUUAUGCAUCCUUUAUGUUUUACGGUGUUACACUCAAAUUACAUUUCGUUGAUGAAUAUGUUUCGCUUCGUGUACUGAAUUCGCCUCGCAGUGUAGGAAAUGUAUAUUUGCCAACCCCCUCCCUUCACAAACACUGUCCGCCGUAGAUGCUGGUCCACUCUCCACCUUCCCUUCCUAUUGAAUAAUCUGCAUCUCCCAAAAUAUGUGAGUCGAUUUCGCUGCUGUAAAAAAACCCCUCAAAAUCCCCCAAAAAAACCGUAUUGCUAGUACAACAACAAAAAACCCACACCAUGGUUCGCUUCUCUAUGUUGUGUAAUUCACAGAGCUUUGCAAGAAUCACUGAUAACCGGAUUUCAAAGCAGUAGCGCAGCGACCGCCGCCGCCGCCUCCACGCUCCCUCCCGCCCUAGCCCUCGAC